AUGGAAAUCAAUAUCUUCAUAGUGCUGGCCUGGUACCUGGUCGGAGCUGUCUUCGCUUCACCGUUGGUGAAACGUAACAGAACUGAAGGACUGGGCGAAAAGCUCAAAGGCACCGACUUCUCUCGCCUUGAGCCCGUUGAUCAUUAUACGGACGAUCCUAGAUACCCUCUUGAAUCUGGUCCUUUUGCAGCUCAAGCGAUCAGAAACAGCUCCUUUGUGGCUAGGCGCAUCAUACAAAAGAGACCAGAGACCGAAGAGAGCGAGCCAAAGUUGAACCAGACUCGCCAGUCUGGAAAAAAGACCGAACAUGAGUAUAAACCUCCAAAACCCGACAGCCACAUAUUCAUCUCACUCGACAAGAUGGAAGUUUCUGAGCAUGAGAAGACUUUGGCCAAGACGCUUCUUAAAAACUUCAACAAAACCCUAGAGGAGACCGAGAAAGAAAACCCCACCGGUUAUACUCGAAUUAUCGAAAACCCAGGGAUGGUUCCAUCCAUGUGGCGUGACUCUAUUAAGCCACACACUGGAGAAGACAAAGACGAGGACAAGGAAGACGAGGAAUAUGACAGCGACAGCGAUAGUGACGACGAGGAAGAUGCAAAGAAGAGGAUUAAGAGAGUACCCAGAAUGACCCAGAAGCGAGACGAAGAGAAGGGGGUGGAGGAGAAGCCAUAUCUAUGGCCAGAGCACAACAGACCAAAGGUCUCCAAGGAUGGAAAGUUUAGAUAUUUGUACUCCAGCGAGGGAAAGCAAUAUGCUGUUGCAACUCCGCAACAUCUUGCCAACGAGACUAAUCGCCAUGAGAAGGCCCAGCAGGAGAGGGAGCAGAAGUUGGACAUUAUUCAACACGAGCUUCAGAAGGAAAUGGACGCGAAGCUACAGAAGGAGCAGAGCAGAUUGAAGCACGAGAACGAGAUGAAGUUCAAUGCUUCAAAGCCCGAAAAGGACGAACGAAUUGCUCGACUCUAG